AUGCCAGUCAUAACCGAUUUCUCUUUGCCCACUUCAGCGGAGUCUCUGAAUCUGCCCACCGACUCCGUCUUCUUCAUCUCUUUCCAUGCUUCCGUCGAUGCGAACACAGGAAAGCCAUGGUGCCCGGACGUUGUAGCCGCAUUGCCACCUCUUACAGCUGCCUUUUCUGUGAAUGAUGCGCCACAAGUGGCUUUUGUUGAGGUUGGACAGCGACCCGAAUGGAGAGAUCCUUCCAAUGUUUUUCGAACGAAAUGGAACGUCAACAGUGUUCCGACUCUAGCUCGUUAUGAGCGAGUCGACGGCAAGGUUAAAGAGGUUGGUCGCUUGGUGGAAAGCGAGAUUCUUGACCAGAAGAAAUUGAAGAAAUUGAUUACCAGGCCGUUGGCUCAGCUAUAG